AUUUAUACUCCGAAAUCCUUCGUCAAAUUAUCUUCUCAAAUUUCCUUUAAUUUAAUUUCGACCAUAAUUUUUGUACACAGUUUUCUAUGCACCUCACAUCUGCAAUCAAAUCAGUGGAAAGUAGCCAAUUCUCAUUUGUUCACUGCAUUCUGCAUAUAUAAAUAUAGCCCUUUAUCUACAAUUUGUGUGAUGUAAAAAAAAGAAAAACUUCAAAACAAUGGCAUCCUCAAUUGCUUUGUGGCGGGAAAUUUCUUGGUUGCAUGGAGAAAUUAUUGACAGGGGAUUGUCUUCUUCUUUGAGAAUCAUCAUUGAUUACUUGAAUCUAUUGGUUGCCUUUGUCUUUUAUGUGGUUUUACUUGUUACAAAGAGAAGUAGAUUUAGAGAGAGAAGAAGAGAUUGGUUUAACAUAGCAAUUUUAGGUGGCUGUGCUCUUGUGAGCAUAGAAUACUAUGGGGCUGCUAUAUAUAGUAGUUUGAUUAGCGAAGGCGAAGAAUCGAGUCGUUUUAGCUGGUUAGUAUCCUUUGGAAGGGGACUCAUUUGGACCACCUUAGCUAUUUCUGUGAUAGUUAGAGGUCCAAGAUUGGUUGCUGUCCUAAAAUCUGCUUGGUGGAUUGUAUUUUUCCUGUUGAUUUCAGCAUUGAACAUCUUAGAUUUAGUGAAAUCGGGCCAUAUACAGAUUCUAGAAGUAGCGCCUUGGCUUGUAAAUUUGUUUCUUUUGUUUUGUGGUUUGAAGAAUCUUCGAGGAAUUGUAUCUCAACCAGUGUUAGGCAGUAGCUUCUCUGAGUCUCUACUGGUCAAAACCUUGGAGAAAGAUCGUGUGGACUUAGAUGAAGCAUCGUUGUUAAGUAUAUUGUUGUUUUCUUGGAUAAAUCCGUUGCUUCGCUUAGGUCACUCUAGAACUCUAAAUCUUAAUGAUGUUCCUUCUCUGGGAUCUGAAGAUGAAGCCCUUUUGGCUUACAAGAAUUUUGGCGACGCGUGGAGUGUACUCAAGGAGGAAAAUGGCACCAAAAACUCGAACCGUUUUACAUUUUGGGCUAUUGCAAGAGUGUAUUGGAAAAGUGUGGUGACGGCUGGAAUUUGUGCGCUUCUUAGAACAGUUUCUGUUGUGGCCACUCCAUUAUUCCUUUAUGCUUUUGUCAACUAUUCCAAUCUUGAGAGGAAAGAUCUCAAAAAGGGUGUUUUCUUGGUGGGGUUAUUGAUUGUUUUGAAGGUUGUCGAGUCUCUCUCUUACCGGCAGUUUUACUUUUACUCAAGACGAAUAGGAAUGAGAAUGAGGUCAGCUCUAAUGGUGGCAGUCUACCGGAAGCAGCUCAAGCUUUCCAAUUUAGGGAGGCAGAGGCACUCGACUGGUGAGAUAGUUAACUAUAUCUCGGUUGAUGCUUAUCGUAUGGGAGAAUCCGUGAUGUGGUUUCAUGUCGGGUGGGCUUCAGUAGUCCAGCUAUUCCUAGCCAUUGCUGUGAUCUCCUCGGUUGUAGGGCUUGGCGUGGUUCCGGGGUUGGUCCCUUUCGUCAUCUGCGGCCUUAUGAACGUGCCGUUUGCAAAGCUGCUGCAGAAGUUUCAGACCCAAUUCAUGAUUGCUCAAGACAAGAGAUUGAGGUCACUUUCUGAGAUCCUCAACAACAUGAAGAUCAUCAAGCUGCAGUCGUGGGAAGAGCAUUUCAAGAGCUUGGUCGGAUCUUUUAGGCAGAACGAGUUCAAAUGGCUGUCCGAGACUCAGUAUACGAAAACAUAUGGCACAGUGUUGUAUUGGAUGUCUCCAACGAUUGUGUCUUCUGCCAUUUUCUUCGGGUGCGUGCUCUUCAAGAGUGCGCUGCUGGAUGCUGGCACCGUGUUCACGGUCAUGGCUGCACUCAGGACCAUGUCUGAGCCUGUCAGGUUCAUACCUGAAGCUCUGUCUUGUCUGAUUCAGGUUGAGGUUUCAUUUGAAAGGAUUAACGCGUUUUUAUUGGAAGAUGAACUCAAACAAGACGACAAGCAAAAAUCUGGUGCAGGAGAUUCAGGCCGUGUCAUUUGUAUACAAGGUGGCUGUUUUAGUUGGGAUGCAACAGACAUCACAUCUUCAACCCUGAGAGACAUCACACUGCAAGCAAGGCUGGGGGAGAAGAUUGCUGUCUUCGGGCCCGUUGGCGCUGGCAAAUCGUCACUUUUGUAUGCUAUUCUUGGUGAAAUACCCAAAAUAUCUGGAACUGUGAGUGUGAUUGGAUCAGUGGCUUAUGUUUCUCAAGGUUCUUGGAUUCAGAGUGGGACUAUUCGUGACAACAUACUCUUUGGAAAGGCGAUGGAUAAGGACAAAUACGAAGAAGCUGUUAGAGUUUGUGCUUUAGACAAAGAUAUAGAGAGUUUUGAUUAUGGAGAUCUCACUGAGAUAGGCCAGAGAGGCCUCAAUCUGAGCGGAGGGCAGAAGCAGAGGGUUCAGCUGGCUCGAGCUGUAUACGAUGAUGCUGAUAUAUAUCUUCUCGACGACCCUUUUAGUGCAGUAGAUGCACAUACAGCAGCAGCCCUUUUCAAUGACUGUGUAAUGACUGCACUAGAAAAGAAGACAGUUAUUCUUGUGACUCAUCAAGUGGAGUUUCUCAAUACUGUGGAUAAAAUUCUGGUUGUAGAAGGAGGACAAAUUACUCAAUGUGGAAGCUACGAGGAGCUUCUGGUUGGAGGAACGACCUUUGAGCAGCUCGUGUUUGCUCAUACGAGCAGCAUAGGAUCAUUUGAUGAUUCAUACGGUUCAAAUCAACACGAGCAUAGCGUAGAGCAUACGAAACUGAUUGUGGAGGAUGAGAAGCAUGUCGGUAAGGAAGAAAGAGACGGAGAGAUUGCAACAAAUCCGCGAACUCAGCUAACAGAGGAGGAAGAGAAAGAAGUGGGAGAUGUAGGGUGGAAAGCCUUCUCACAUUACAUUGACGUUUCAAAGGGACUGAUCUACGCAUGCUGCACUUUUAUAGCUCAGUGUGGUUUUGUGGCUUUCCAAGCUGCUGCGAGCUUCUGGCUAGCGUUUUCAGUCCAAAAUCCCGAGAAAAGCAGUCUCUUUGUCGUUGGGAUUUAUACUCUGAUAUCAUUACUCAGUGCCGUCUUUGUAUAUUUUAGAUCACUGUUUGCAGUUCUGUUAGGACUCAAAGCAUCCCAAUCAUUUUUCUCCGGCUUCACCAACUCCAUCUUCAAUGCUCCGAUGCUCUUCUUUGAUUCCACCCCAGUCGGGAGGAUUCUAACGCGUGCGUCGUCUGAUUUAAGUGUGCUAGAUUUUGAUAUCCCUAUGGGGUUCCAAUUCGUUAUGGCAGCCGUGGUUGAGAUUCUAUCGACAAUAGGCAUCAUGGCCUACGUCACAUGGCAAGUUCUCUUUGUUGGCUUAUUUGCUGUUGUAUCAGCAAAAUAUGUUCAGGGAUACUAUCAAAAAUCCGCGGGGGAGCUGAUGAGAAUCAAUGGAACUACAAAAGCCCCUGUUAUGAACUAUGCAUCCGAGACAGCACUCGGAGUUGCAACAAUAAGAGCAUUCAGGGUUGCUGACAAGUUCUUCUCGAACUACCUUAAGCUUGUCGACACAGAUGCUAAAGUCUUUCUUUCCUCAAACGCGGCCUUGGAGUGGCUCGUUUUGAGAACUGAAGCACUUCAAAAUCUUACCUUGUUCACUUCUGCUAUCUUUUUAGUAGUUUUUCCAAAUAACUACAUUGCUCCAGGUCUCGUAGGGCUCUCUCUUUCUUAUGCUUUCGCGCUAACUGGAACUCAAGUGUUUUUGUCGAGAUGGUAUAGUAGCUUGGCUAACUAUAUCGUCUCCGUGGAGAGGAUCAAGCAGUAUAUGCACAUACCACCUGAACCUCCAGCCAUUGUAGCAGAUACCAGACCUUCGGCUUCAUGGCCUUCGAAGGGUAGAAUCGAGCUGCUUGAUUUGAAGAUACGCUAUCGCCCUAAUGCUCCAAUCGUCCUCAAGGGGAUCACCUGCAUUUUCGAGGAAGGGAAGAGAGUGGGAGUUGUGGGCAGGACGGGAAGUGGGAAAACGACGUUGAUCAGUGCUUUGUUUCGUCUCGUUGAGCCUCACAGCGGGCGUAUCCUUGUAGAUGGACUUGAUAUUUGCUGCAUUGGGCUUAGAGAUUUGAGGCUGAAACUCAGCAUUAUUCCUCAAGAGCCAACUCUGUUUAGGGGAAGUGUUAGAACAAAUCUUGAUCCAUUAGGCCUUUACUCUGAUGAUGAGAUAUGGAAGGCGCUUGAAAAAUGCCAACUUAAGUCUACAAUCAGUGAACUGCCAAACUUGCUAGAGUCUUCUGUGAGUGAUGAAGGGGAGAACUGGAGCAUGGGGCAAAGGCAGCUCUUCUGCCUAGGAAGGGUGCUUCUGAAGAGGAACAAGAUCUUGGUUCUAGACGAGGCCACCGCCUCCAUUGACUCCAACACAGAUGCCAUUUUGCAGAAGAUAAUAAGGGAGGAAUUUGCUGAGUGUACAGUUAUAACUGUGGCGCAUCGAGUUCCUACUGUUAUAGACAGCGAUAUGGUGUUGGUGUUGUCGUAUGGGAAGUUGGUGGAGUAUGAUGAACCUUCAAAGCUCAUGGAGAUAAAUUCUUCAUUUUCAAACCUCGUGGCUGAAUAUUGGUCGAGUUGCAAGAAGAUUCACUAGUGCAUUUUGUUAAUGAUGUGCUUAUAAUGGUAAAGAAAACUUUUAUAAACGCAAAAAUCAGAUACCAGGGGUACCCAAAUCAGAGUCGCAGCAAAGAGCGGUGAGCACAACAAAGAGAGAGAGAAGAAAAACAAAAGACACAAAAGGAAAGACAAGGGAAGACUAACACAUCAUCCACUGAGAUCCAUCCCCAACAACCAACGCCUAAAAACAGUCGGCUCCGUCUGCAAAUUGAAAGCCAUCGACCACCCCCAGAAUUUCGUUUUGAUUUCUGCCAGAACCUUCUCUGUUCUCCACAUGCCUUGGUUGAACUUGCACUCAUUUCUCACUUUCCAAAUACACCAAAUCGUGCAAAGCCACACUCCAACAAGGAUGGGGAUAUCCUUCUUGUUUCCCAAAUUAAUGAAGGCAAUAAGAUGGUCAGCCGCCUUAUGAUGGAGUGAGGUUUGUUUGUUGAUCCAGCACAGGAUUCCUUUCCAAAUGUCAUUGGUUAUAAAGCAUUCGAAAAGAAGGUGAUUAGUGGUUUCUGGAGUUGAUUUGCAGAGGGUGCACAACGCAUCUGAAGUCGAGAUGGUCACCUGUCGUUUCUACAGUUCGUCACAUGUCGGUAGUCCAUCUUGAUAUAGUAAUAAUGCUGUAAUGCAAUUUUAGUAAUUUUUUAUGAUCAAAUCUUGUGGUGAAUCUUGACACUCAUGGAGUCAUUUUUUAGUCUUGAUUGAAUCGAUCUAAUCGUUGAUAUAGU